UUUGUUGACAACGAGAUGGGGCGAUACCUGAUGUUGGCAUCAUGCCUGAUGCUCUUAUUGGCGGCACUGCAACCAGCUUUGAUCACCGCCAAGCCCAGUACAGUGGUAGUAAAUGGUGUUUGUCUAACAUGUGACAAUCCAAAUGGCGAAUCGGUAUAUAUAGAUGGUCAGGAAUAUCGCAGUUUUUCAUCACCCAACAGCAAUGGCAAUGUCAUAAUUAAUCGUCCCGGUUAUAAUGGUGGUGGCACAAUCAUACGUAGAGGCGGCAAUACCAUUGUUAAUGGACGUUGUCAAUAUUGUAAUGUGGAUCCUUGAUUGCUAUAAUUACUUUAAAUUGCAAUUUUAAGCCAUAAAUGCAUUUGACAACAAAGUGUUUAUAACGCUUUUAUGAAAUAUAUUCGGGAGGAAAGUAUCUUGAUACUCUAUUUCAGAAUA